AUGAAUUCCACAUUCCUCAGAAAGUUUUUCCAGAGUGCCACUUUCAGCACUCUUCUCCCUUGUAUCCUUCCACAUCAGCAGCAUUCCGGCCUCACAUUCCGCCAGCCGCUUGCAAGAGUCCAAGCGCCUGGAGCAAGAAGCCUGCUUGUUUAUGUCUUCGCACUCGUUAUCGGAUACAAUGUCUCCCUCAAAGCGGCGCAGCGGCAGGCUGCUCAGCGAGCGCCUAUGUCCGAGACUGCCGCCAGUGGCGACAUAGUCGAGGCAGCGCAUAGGCUGGACGUCGCGCGGUACGCCGGAAACGUCAAAAAGAAGGUCUCGAUUGGGAUACGAAACGUUUCGCUUUCAGCUUUGUACAUCUUCUUCAACAUGACUGAACUUGUUGAGCAUUUCGCAGGGCGCUUCGGGUACACCGACUCGGCAAUCGAAAAGGCGCUGGGCCGACCUAUGACCACCGUCGAGAAGGACCACAUCCGAUCCCAACAGACUCCACAAGGGCUGACCGAAGCCGCCCUAGCUCUCCAUCCCUCCUCUAUCCUCAUUUCCCCUCACCUCCCCUCCGCUCUCCAAGACAUCAACAUCAAUGGCGUUCAGCUGUUGGAUUGGGGGCGCGCGGCGGGUCCAGUGACUCAUCCCGUCACUUUGGCGGUCGUCAAGAAGGUCACGGGUGGAUUCGCGAUCAUCGCGGCUCUCCUCUCCCAAGACACUGUCCAAGAGCAUGUCGCCUUUCUCCAGAAACUUACGACUUGCAUCCCCUUUCCCAUCCGUGACAUCGGGAUUCCCCCGUCUCGCGUCAUCCACGACGCCGUCCUCACCGUCCUGCCCACCGCACACAUCUCGGUGCCUUUCGUCCACCUCUUCCGCGCGGCAUGCCUGUCAUCCGACGCGGAUUUCGAAGCGCUCUGGUUGGGGUGUGAGGCGUUCGACGAGAAGGGCGGACUAGACGCGCUCGGGCUGGGCGAGUAUGCGCCGUGGGUAGAUCUGCUUUCAGCCGCGCCGCCACAGCUUAAUACCACCGUGGCAGAGCUCGUCAAAGUAGAGGCAGACAUGUACAUCACGUAUAGGCAUAUGAGGGCGCCUGAAACCAUGAUCAUAUGCAUCCUCCGAGAACUCCUCCACGAUCCCACUACAGUCAAUAAUCGUCUGCGGGACUGGUCGAAAGGGCGCCCCACCUCCAUUCAAGAGGACUAUGCCACGUAUCAAGCUGUAACCAUUCACAACAUCCCGCCUCUCGGCCGAGACCCGGAAUUGUCGAGAAUUCGCGCGCUGGUGGAAUGGGCCGGCGCGUGGGAUCCCUACAAGGAAUGGGCGGUGGCGCAACUGGCGGACGUAUCAGAGAAGGAGGUGGAAGAGGGGCUACCCGACAGCCCCGCUUCUGCAGCACCCUAG